GUCACUGGGUUUGAGUGCAGUAUCCUCAGUUGGCCUCUGCUCUGUAGAGGCGCCUUUGAUGCGCUAAGAGGUUUGUCCGCUGCUCGGCGCCGACUCAUAACAGUCUUUAUCGUCUCAGUUCGGCCUCAAGGGUCCAGUUUACUCUUCAUACCGACGGAAAAACAUCAGGACGGUUCAGUGAGUGGAGCUCGCCGACGAUUAAACUGCCCUUGAUGUGACGGCGCCGCGGCGGAGUCGCCCUCUCUACCUCCGAUCGCCCUCCGUGCCUCGCCGCAUGACGUCCGAUGACCGCUGACCCUCGGAGGGGAAACCCCGUCCUCACCCUGCAUCCCCCACUUCCUGUGGACUCCUGAUACCGCCGCCACCGUCUGACAUCUCCACCUGUUCCAGUGGAGGUGUGGAGGACCAGAGAAUAAAUUUCCCCUUUUCAAAUUUCUCCUGGUUGGUUUGAGUCCGGUUCUGCCGGCCACGCGAGUUUUCAAAGCUGGGGCGCGAUUCCUGGGAUGCAACCAUGUCGGGUCUGAGUGAGCGCAGGCCGGUCAACACGGACUACGCCGUCUCGCUGCUGGAGCAGCUCAAGUUCUUCUACGAACAGAAGCUUCUGACGGAUGUGGUGUUGCUGGUGGAGGACGCGGAGUUCCCGUGUCACAAGAUGGUUCUGGCCACGUGUAGCUCCUAUUUCAGAGCGAUGUUCAUGAGCGGCCUCAGCGAGAGCAAGCAGACCCACGUCCACCUGAGGAACGUGGACCCCGCCACGCUGAAGAUCAUCAUCGCCUACGCCUACACGGGCCACCUGGCCAUCAGCGACAGCACGGUGGAGCCGCUCUACGAGACCGCCUGCUUCCUGCAGGUGGAAGACGUCUUGCUGCAGUGCAGAGACUACCUGGUGAAGAAGAUCAACGCUGAGAACUGCGUCCGCAUGCUGAGCAUCGGCGACCUCUUCAGCUGCAGCGAGCUAAAGCAGAGCGCCAAGCGCAUGGUGGAGCACAAGUUCCCCAGAGUUUACCGACAGGAGGCCUUCCUGCAGCUCUCCCAUGAGCUGCUCAUCGACAUCCUGAGCAGCGACAACCUCAACGUGGAGAAGGAGGAGACGGUGCGCGAGGCGGCCAUGUUGUGGUUAGAGUUCAACAUGGAGGCACGCUCGCAGCACCUGUCCUCCGUGCUGAGCCAGAUCCGCAUCGACGCGCUGUCGGAGGUGACCCAGCGCGCCUGGUUCCAGGGUCUGCCGCCCAACGAUAAGUCGGUGGUGGUGCAGGGCCUCUACAAGUCCAUGCCCAAGUUCUUCAAGCCUCGCCUGGGCAUGACCAAGGAGGAGAUGCUGAUCUUCAUGGAGGCCAUGUCGGAGACGCAAGGCGAGAGCUACGUCACGUCGACGUCAGCGCCUACGACGAUAGUGUGUUACAGCCCGCAGGCGGAGAAGGUGUACAAGCUGUGUAACCCGCCGGGAGACCUGCAGAAGGUCGGGACCCUUGUUACCCCCGACAACGACGUCUACAUCGCCGGCGGUCAGAUCCCCCUCAAAAACUCAAUAGCCAACCAUGGCAGGAGCGGGAAGCUGCAGGCCGUGUUCCGCUCGGUCGACAGCUUCUUCUGGUUCGAUGCGCAGCAGAACGCCUGGGUGCCGAAGACCCCCAUGCUGUGCGCCCGCAUCAAGCCGUCGCUGGUCUACUGCGACGGCUACAUUUAUGCAAUCGGCGGCGACAACGUGGGCGGGGAGCUGAACAAGCGCACGGUGGAGCGCUACGACUGCGAGAAGGAUGAGUGGACUAUGAUGAGCCCGCUGCCCUUCGCCUGGAACUGGAGCACCUCGGUGGUGGCACACGACUGCAUCUAUGUGAUGACCCACGACCUGAUGUACUGCUACUUCCCCCGCGCCGACGCCUGGGUGGAGAUGGCCAUGCGCAAAACCAGCCGCUGCUUCGCCUCUGCCGCCGCCUUCGGUGACCUCAUCUUUUACAUCGGCGGCCUCCACGUGGUCAGCAACUCCGGCAUCCGCAUGCCGACCAGCACCAUCGACGGCUCCUCGGUCACCGUGGAGAUCUACGACGUCAACAAGAACGAGUGGCGCCUGGCCGCCAACAUCCCAGCCAAGCGCUACUCGGACCCGUGCGUGCGUGCCGUGGUGCUGCUCAACUCGCUCUGCAUCUUCAUGAGGGAGACCCACAUGAACGAGCGCGCCAAGUACGCCAUCUACCAGUACGACACGGACCUGGACCGCUGGUACCUGCGGCAGCCUGUGUCCGAACGCGUCCUCUGGGAUCUGGGGAAGGACUUCCGCUGCGCCGUAGGGAAACUUUACCCUUCCUGCUUGGAGGAGUCUCCGUGGAAACCGCCAACGUACCUCUUCUCCCCCGACGGCGGUGAGGAGUUUGAGGUGGACGGAGAGCUGGUGACCCUCCCCCACGUAUAGCUUCUACCUCCCCCCCUCCAUGACAUAUUGGAGGAACAUUGAGGAAGGGGGGGGGCUGUAGCGUUGGCGUGAAAAGUGAGAAAGGUCCACCGGACUCAAUUCCCCUCAAAUAUAAAUCCAUUCUCAUUUUGGUUCUGUUUUAUUUUGUCAGUGGUGACAUCUGUUAGAUAUUAUGUCGGUCAUACUGUUUCUACAAUGUGAUAAUCUCAAACUAAUUUUGUGAUGAUGAUGAUGCACUUAACUGGUAAACCUUCUGGUUAACGGAAACUGUACCAAAAUCUCUUCUGUCUGCUAAAGAAAUACUCCACAGAAAAUCAAAGAUCACUGCAACUGGAUGUUGAAUAUGAAGAUAUUUCAGCGCCUUCUUGUUUGAAGACUUGAGUUUAGAUAAAUAUUUAUGCAGCUUUAAUAAAAUAAAGUUCGGAAAACGAUAAAAGUGAAGCAGCUGGGCUCAAAGGGAAUAAACUGGGUGGUUUUUCAGCUCUGGGCCGGAUCGUGUCCUCGUGUUGCCUUCUCAUUUGUUUAAGUUUUUUCCCCCUAAGAACUGGAACACAUAAAGAAGGAAAAUGUGCUGCAGGGUUUUCUAUAAAUAUAGUUUAUGAUCCAUCUUUAAAGGAAAACAACAGAUAUUCCCUAUUUAUGGGGAAUAUCUGUUUGGCUCUCAAUUCAUGCUGAAAAAAGAAACAAUUUCACACGUCUACCUUUUCAUUUCAGUUAUUCCCUUUUUUUGUAAUUCAUGUUUUAAACAUUAAAUAAAGAAAGAUGGAAACUUUAUUCAUACCCAGAAGGAAGCCAAAAUAUACUGAAUCGCAAAAAUCUGCUUUCAUGAAAUAUUGGAUAGACUUUCACUGCCUUUCUGUCCACAUCUGAUGAUUAUUUUGUAUUAUAAAAGUAGCUGGGCUAAUUAAAGUUGAUGUUUACAACGCAGUUUUCACCAACCGGGCUGCAAUUUCGGUUUUUCUAACCUUCGGCGACUCUAACCACGUAAAAUCUAAAAUAUCCCAACAAAAUACAGUUUGAAAUGUGAAGAAAAGUCACCAGAAUACUCAAGCCUGAUGUAAAAUGUAAUUUAGUUUA